CCUUGCUAACCUCUCGCUGUCUGUUAUUUUCUGCAACAAGAUGGCUGUCGCUCCCGAGAGCAGAGUCCUCACUUUCAGCGUUUUUAAAUGGAGCUCUUACUCGUCUACAUAUUUACCUGAGAAUAUCUUGGUGGAUAAACCUAACGAUCAGUCCUCCAGGUGGUCUUCUGAGAGCAACUAUCCUCCACAGUUUUUAAUCUUAAAAUUGGAAAGGCCAGCAAUUGUUCAGAGCAUCACCUUUGGGAAAUAUGAGAAGACUCAUGUGUGCAACUUGAAGAAGUUCAAAGUGUUUGGUGGGAUGAGCGAAGAAAACAUGACCGAGCUUUUGUCCAGUGGCCUUAAGAAUGACUACAACAAGGAAACGUUCACCUUAAAGCACAAGAUCGACGAGCAGAUGUUCCCCUGCAGAUUUGUCAAAAUAGUGCCUCUGAUGUCUUGGGGUCCGAGUUUCAACUUCAGCAUCUGGUACAUUGAGCUGCAUGGAAUUGAAGACCCAGAUGUGGUGCAGCCCUGCCUUAACUGGUAUAGCAAGUACCGAGAACAGGAAGCCAUCCGCCUUUGCCUGAAGCACUUCCGACAGCAUAACUACACAGAGGCCUUCGAGUCGCUGCAGAAGAAGACUCGAAUAGCUCUGGAGCACCCCAUGCUAACCCACCUGCACGACCGACUGGUGCUGCAAGGAGACUUUGAUGCCUGUGAGGAGCUGAUAGACAAAGCUGUGAGAGAUGGCUUGUUUAACCAGUACAUCAGCCAGCAGGAGUACAAGCCCAGGUGGAGUCAGAUCAUCCCCAAAUGCAACAAAGGUACAAGCGCCCAAGAAAUCAACCACGACGACAUGAACAGUGACGGUGACGACAACAGGCCGGGGAUGAGGGGAGGACAUCAAAUGGUCAUUGACGUCCAAACUGAGACGGUGUACCUGUUUGGAGGCUGGGAUGGGACGCAGGAUUUGGCAGACUUCUGGGCCUACAGUGUGCAGGAGAACCAGUGGGCCUGCAUCUCCAGAGAUACAGAGAAAGAGAGUGGUCCGAGUGCUCGCUCAUGCCACAAGAUGUGCAUCGACUCACAGCGGCGACAGAUCUACACGCUGGGCCGUUACCUGGACUCCAGUGUCAGGAACAGCAAGUCGCUGAAGAGCGAUUUUUACCGCUAUGACAUAGACGCCAACACCUGGACGCUACUAAGCGAGGAUACGUCGGCCGACGGAGGGCCAAAGUUGGUGUUUGACCACCAGAUGUGCAUGGACUCUGAGAAGCACAUGAUCUACACGUUUGGGGGUCGGAUCCUGACGUGUAAUGGAAGCGUGGAUGACAGCCGGACGUCGGAGCCGCAGUUCAGCGGCCUGUACGCCUACCACUGCCAACUGGGGACGUGGAGCCUCCUGCGGGAGGACUCGUGCAACGCUGGCCCAGAGGAUGUUCAGUCCCGUAUCGGGCACUGCAUGCUCUUCCACACUAGGAACCGCUGCCUCUACGUGUUUGGUGGUCAGAGGUCAAAGACGUACCUCAAUGAUUUCUUCAGUUACGAUGUGGAUGGAGAUCACGUAGAAAUCAUAUCUGAUGGCACCAAGAAAGACUCUGGGAUGGUGCCGAUGACGGGCUUCACCCAGAGAGCCACCAUCGACCCUGAACUCAACGAGAUCCAUGUCCUGUCCGGCCUCAGUAAAGACAAGGACAAACGCGAGGAAAAUGUGCGCAACUCCUUCUGGAUCUACGACAUCGCCCGCAACAACUGGUCUUGUGUGUAUAAGAACGAUCAGGCAGUGAAAGAAAACCCAAGCAAGGCUCUGCAGGAGGAGGAGCCAUGUCCACGCUUUGCUCACCAGCUGGUCUACGAUGAGAUGCACAAAGUGCAUUACUUGUUUGGGGGAAACCCCGGGAAGUCUUGUUCUCCUAAGAUGCGCCUGGAUGACUUUUGGUCCCUCAAACUGUGUCGGCCCUCCAAGGAAUACCUGCUCCGCCACUGCAGAUACCUCAUCAGAAAAUACAGGUUUGAAGAAAAGGCCCAGUCAGAGCCACUGAGUGCACUGAAGUAUCUCCAGAACGACCUGUCUCUCACUGUAGACCACACAGACCCGGAUGAGACCAAAGAGUUCCAGCUGCUGCCCUCGGCGCUCUUCAAGUCCAGCUCUGACUUCAUCCCUCUUGGUUUCUCAGACAUAGACCAGACGUACGCUCAGCGGACACAGCUCUUCGAUACGCUCGUCAACUUCUUCCCAGACAGCAUGACUCCGCCUAAGGGCAACUUGGUAGACCUUAUCACGCUCUAGCCCCUCCCAGCCUGCCGCUCGCCACACUGCUCUGACUGAACGCCCAGCCGCACACACCGUGUGGAGACAGAGACCAGUUAUUUUUCUAUUCUGGAACGCCCCCUGCUGGUGGGAUCACACUUCACCCACCUCCACCCCACUGAUCUGCUGCUAUCACGGGCUGCAUUACCAUGACGAUGAGGGCAGCAAACACACACACACUGCUGUCCUUGUUGAAUACGUGAAAUUUCUACAACAGCCUGAGGGUGUGUGUGUGCGUGUGUGUGUACACGUGUGCUUUUUUCCUUUUGUCUUGCUGAUGGAGACUGCAGGAGCCAAGCCCAGCGCAUCACUUUUGUUUUUGUUUGUUUUUUGUUGUUGAAGCUAAACAAAAAUAAUUUGCACAUUUGGUUGCUGACUCUUCUUCGAUCUGUGCGUUCAGAAUCAACCACACAUGUCCAUUCACAUGUUUACAUCUGAGGCCAGUUGUUAAAAAAUUAAGAUUG